AUGUCGUUCAAGCUCACGCAGACCAUGUGCGAGCGUUGCUCGUGCAUGGUAUGCGUCAGCAUCGCGUGCGUCACGCGCGCGGUCGCCCUGUCCCAGCAGGGCGAUACCAUCGAGCAGGUGGGCGCGGCGAGGCUCGAGAGGGCCAGGCACGGCGACCCGCAGGGCUGCGCGCCCGUCGCGCCCGUGGCGCCGCCCGUGGCGCAGGAGGAGGAGCCGCUCGAGCGGUGGAGGCACGGCGGCGACCCGCCGCAGUUCCGCCAGUCGAUUGGCCCCCCGCAAGAGGAGGACGUGGGGGCGUGGCCGCCCACAAGGUACGAAGUGCCCGUGCCGCCGCCCACUGGGCGGCGGUGGGCGGAGACCACCUCGGGCGCCUUCGGCGCCUACCUGAACAGCACCUUCAAGGUCAUGUUCAGGAAG